AUGGCUCGUUCUUGGAGCUCGGGAUCCUGGUCACCAGACGAACUCCUCGAGGAACCCUCCCGCGAUGGAGGCGGCGGCGGCGACGACGACGUCUCGGCGCCGCACGAGCGGGUCACCUCGCGGCUGCGCAACCGAGGAGCCCUGGAGAAGAUCUGCAACAAGUACUCCAUCCCCGACAGCUUCACCCCAAUCCUCGCCGGCAACCUCGCCUCGUGGUCGCCGCCGCCGCCCGGCUCCGUCUGCGUGUACGUAGACUCGCUCAACGUGGGGAUGCGCCUGCCCCUCCACCCCUUCUUCGGCACGGUGCUCAACCACUUCGGGCUCGCCCCGAGCCAGCUCUUGCCCAACGGCUGGCGCGUCCUGGCGGGCUUCGUCGUGCUCUCCCACUUUGCCGGCGUGGAGCCGUCGCUGCCCGUGUUCCGGCACUUCUUCGCGCUGUGCCUGUUCCCACCGCACAGGUUCUACAGCUUCCGCGGCAAGGACAACCACGGCCUGCUCUUUGCCCGGAUGCGCAACAGAUUUGCCCGGGAUUGGAAGGGGGAUUUCUUCUUCUUGGCGUCGUCGGCGCCGUGGCCGUGCCCGGUGGAGUGGGGGCUGCCUUUCGGGUCCUCCACCUUGGAUCAGACGCUGACCGGCAAGGAGAAGGACAUGGCGAAGAAGCUGCUGCGUGCUCGAAGGAGUUCUCCGAUCGAUCUCACCACGUAUCUCACUCUCAGCAACGACAAUCUUGCCGCGGCCAAGAUCAUUGGGGCACCAUCUGCGCCGCCAACUCCUCGAGAGAAGGCAGCCACGGCCGCGGCCGCGGCUGCGUGCGUGUCGGCGGGGAAGGUGACGGUGAAGAGCGAGCCGGACUGCGAGGUGCUGCCUUGCGCGCCGUCGCUUGGGAAGAAAAGGAAGGUGGCGGACCACCGUGCUUUCGACGGCGAGAGCUCGGCCUCGGAGCCCUCUGGGCCGCCGGGCUUCCCCGCCCCCUGCAAGCGGCCGUCCGCGACAGGCAAAGACGGUGACUGGAAGGCGGCGAGGCUGCUGCUGCAGGGCACCGUUACGCCGUCGCGGGAGCGCGAGCUCGCCGCGUCCAAGCCCGCCGACGUCGUCGCUUCAAGCUACGUGUCACUGCUCCAGGCGGCGAACGAGGUGUCAUUCUCGCUGGGCCGCGCUCUGGAGCUGGAGGAGAAGCUGCGGGCGCGCGAGGCGGACGCGCUGCGGGCGGAGCUGCGCGAGGCGAAGGCCGAGCUGGCGGCGCGGGGGUCGAGCAGGGAGCACGCGCACGCUCUGGCGGAGCGCGAGCGGCGGGGGUACGAGCGCGGCAUGGAGGACAUGAAGCGCGAGCGCGCGCGCGCGCUGGCGGAGCGGGAUCGGCGAGGGUACGAGCGCGGCAUGGAGGAGAUGAAGCGCGCCGCGCUUCCGCGCUACCCAGACCUCGACCCGGCGCGGCUCAUCGUGCCGCUCCACCCUCACCCGCCGCCGGCGGCGGCGACCACCUAA